AUGUCUGCUCCGCCUGAACAAAUCUCUGUUUUCAUUCCAAUCCACCUUCUUGAUUAUCUUGUUGUGGACACCUCUACCAACCAGAUCAAAACCUCUGAUAUACUUGAAAAAGUAACCUCUGACGAGCUUUACAAUUUCAUUCAAGCCUUUAAACCACAUCUUACAAUCCUUAGCCCAGAAAGAGACAAUCCCAAAUUUUUGAAGACAGUCUUUGUCGAGAUGGUGGUGCCCCUGAUCAAUAACUUAAUUCCCUCCGAACUGAAAAACACACAUUACAUUCAAGCACUAUUUCAUCACCCGCUUCCAGGAUUCAAAGAAUCUCCAAUCAGAAUAAUGUAUCAAGAUGAGAUCAAUUUAAAACGUUUUACCAAUUUCAAUAUAUGGGUUCUACAAUAUCUCAGGACCGGACGAUACUAUGUUGCAGCAGAGCACCUCUUCACGUUCAUCAAGCAAUACAAUUUCCUUUACGAAAACAAGAUUUGUGAAAUACGACUUGAAAAAGAGCAGGCUCAAUCUCUGAUUCAAGAACAGGUGACUAAUCUACGAAAAGCCUAUCAAAAACUGGAGUCAACCAACAUGCAAUUACAACAAGAGGCCAUUAGUCAGUUUCACACAGUUCUCAAAAACUGGAAGGUGGCCGGAGAGGCUACUGUUGAGCAUCGCCUGGAUAUCUUGAACCAAGCUGUGAAAGACCUUGGAUUCUUGGAUGCAUUGGAGGAGUAUCACCAGUAA